AUGGUUCUCGGUCCCUUCUCCCCCAGCGCCAUCCUGACGCGCCUGUGGACGCGACACCAACGCCACGAAGAAGCACGAUCACUGCGCAUGCGAGAGAGGAUGGGUUCGACCAAGUUCUUCGGCUCCCAGGUCGGCGGCCAGACCGUCAUCAACUAUGCCUACACGGAUCUCCCGUCGAGAUUGAUGACCUGGGACAUCUACUACUUCUUCUACUACGCCUGGGCCCUGCCGUGGAUCAUCCUGCCCCUGACGCCCUCCGACUCGGGCCAUCUCGACGAACUGGCUGUGACGCCGCAGAACAUCUUUUGCGUUGCGCUGCACUUGAUCCUGUUCAUCCUGCAGCUUGUCUUCGUCCUGUCUCUGCCCGCGGCUCUCUUCUUCCCCAUCUGGAUGGCCGUCGCCUGCUGGGGGGCUUUUCUCGUCUUCAACUGGGCCUUUUGCCUGCUUCUGAAUGGCCCCGACAUCGAGUACCACUCUGACGAGACGUUUGCCGAGGCCCGUCCCGAGCACGCACACGAGCAGUGGGUGUUUCUCAACGGCGUGGCUGUCGGGUAG